AACUUAGAUGGAAGUUUUAAAAACCCCGGGAAAUUGUACGAUCUGAACUCUUCAAAACUGAAAACCAGAAAAUUCAAACUCUCGUGUUAUCUCGUGAAGUACCGUUUGGUCUUUUACACGCAUCUUUUGUCCAGAGUACGUGCCUAGUGGCAGUAAACCAAGAUGGGGGCAUACAAGUAUAUGCAAGAAAUCUACCGCAAAAAGCAGAGUGAUGUUAUGCGGUUUCUGCUUCGUGUGAGAUGCUGGCAGUAUCGUCAAUUAAACCCAGUUCAUCGUUGUCCAAGACCAACUCGACCAGAAAAGGCAAGACAGCUUGGUUACAAAGCUAAACAAGGCUUUGUUAUCUACAGAGUACGUGUACGUAGAGGUAGUCGCAAGAAGCCAGUUAGAAAGGGUAUUACAUAUGGUAAACCUAAAAGACAUUGUGUUGUUCGACUCAAGUAUGCCAGAAACCUGAGAUCCGUUGCUGAGGAACGUGUUGGGCGCAGAUGUGGAAAUCUCAGAGUUUUAAACUCUUAUUGGGUUUGUCAAGACUCUAUGUUCAAGUUUUAUGAAGUAAUCUUGGUUGAUCCAUUCCACAAAGCUAUCCGAAGAAAUCCACGCACACAAUGGAUAUGCAGACCUGUAAUGAAACACAGAGAAUUACGUGGCUUGACCAAUGCUGGAAAAUCAUCCCGCGGUUUGGGUAAAGGUCAUAAAUUCAAUAAAACUACUGGUGGAUCUAGAUGGGCCAACUGGAAGAAACACAAUACUGAGCAGAUGCUCAGGAAACGUUAAUUUUUUUUUUUUUUUCAAAAAAUUUUUUUUCCUUCCAAAAUCAAUGUUUUUCUACAUUGCAUAAAAAUUAUGUGGUUCCAGGGAGAAGAAAAAGCCAUCUGGAUGAAAAUCUGUCAAUAAAAAACAUCACUCAUACCCAUU